AUGCGGUUGCAGCAGAAACUGUACGAGAGCUGGCAGAGUAUCAUGCAGGACUACGCUACAGUGUUUGGUCCUAGGAUUGUAGCUCCAGAAGGCAUGGUGCCUAUUGCAGCAGCUAAACCAUGGGCGCCACACUACCGAAUCAACUCAACAGCACGUAAAGAAGUGGCAGAGAUUGUGACACAAGCUCUAUUGCGCUUAGGUGGAGGGUGGGAGGAUCAUCCCUCUGGACUUGGACUCAAAACGACGUGGAACUUACUCUGGACCUGGAGUAAGCCACGCGUAGAACGUCAGACGCUGUUAGUGUGGCAAAAAGUCAACCAUUUCCAACAUGCGAAAGCUUUUACUCGUAAAGAUUGUUUGAAGAAACAUAUCGGAAAAUACUUGGCUGCAGGCGGGAAGCUUCGACAAGCUUUUGAUAUUAUCCCACCGACUUUUCUCCUACCAAAAGAAUAUGUGAGUUUCGUGCAGGCAUUUCAAGAACGUAGUGAACGUUUGAGACGUAAUGGGGUAUCGGAAGCGAAGAAUAUCUGGAUUAUGAAGCCGGUAGCGUUGUCUCAAGGACGUGGCAUCUCGUUAGUGAACGAUCUGGGUCAAGUCAUCUAUGGCGAACAAGUGGUUAUCCAAGAGUACAUAGCUGCUCCUAGAUUACUAGAUGGCUUCAAGUUCGAUCUGCGUUUGUAUGUGUUAGUGACGUCGUUCAACCCUCUUGAGGCGUUUCUCUACGAUGAGGGCUUUGUUCGUCUCUGUACUCGACCAUAUGAGGACAGUGACAUCAGCAACAUCUUCGUCCACUUGACUAACAGUAGUAUCCAGAAAGAGAACCAAGAAGCGAUCACUGACACUGGAGGUACAAAGACAACGCUAGCGUAUCUUUGGAGACGACUUGCAGCCGAGGGGGUGGACGUGAAACAAGUCAAACGUAGUAUCGAAGAGGUAGUGCUGAAGGCUCUUCUUUGUGGGGAAGACCACAUCCCGUUCCAAGUCAACAGCUUUGACCUUCUAGGAUACGAUAUCCUCUUGGAUGCCGACCUGCGACCUUGGCUUAUUGAGAUCAACUCGUCUCCAUCCAUGGCACGAGAUAUCGAUCUGGACUACCAGGUGAAGGAUGCGAUGAUGCUAGAUACGUUGCGUGUGGUAGACCCUCUCCACUUUGAUCGAGCCAAAUUAGCAGAGGUUAUUGCACGACGACAGCGUGACCAAGAGGAAGAGAAGAGACGACCACAUGCACAUACACGUCAUCCUCGAGAGACCGAGGAACUGGCAGCAAGACAGUUGAAUGAAGACUUGACUGCCAUCUUGCGUGGUAAAGUACCUAGAGCGUACGGAGAAAUGCCGGAGGAUAUUGGCAACUACCGAAGAAUGUGUCCACAUACAAACAUCUAUAACCACCUUGUGAAGCUCAAGCGGAGCUGCUUGCGAGCUGCAGAGCGUAAAGCGUAA